AUGGUACCAAAGGGACUUCUCUUAAUUCUGUGCCUUCCGUUACCAUUUCAUGCCCAAGGUAGAGCUGACCAAAACUGGAUGGAUGGUAUUGAAAACCGUUUGCACCUUUUAGAAGAAGCCAAUAAGGAACUUAAGAAUGAAAACUCCAAUCUCAAAGCAGAAAUUAAAAAAAUAAAAGGGCUGUUGGGGAAAAUUCAACGAGAAAAUACUGCCUUGAAGAUGAUUUCUGGUGUUCCAAAAAUAACGAACGAAACUGAUGUAUUAAAUAUAGGAAAACAGUCAAAUUUCCCUCAACAAGCUAAAGGCAACGAAAACAGAAGAAUAGAGAAAACCAAUUCGAACGUGAAAAUGAAAAAUAAAAAUGCCAUAAGUGAUACACUCAUGGUUGAAACAAGCAGAAUUGUGCCAAGAAUCAUUCCUCCAACAUCAGUUUCAACUGCACAGCAUGUCGCAUUCUAUGCCUACAUGAAUUCCUUUUCCCAGCCUAAUAUCCCCGCCCACGUGACCCUUACAUUCGACACAGUCAUAAUAAACGAAGGAAAUGGAUAUAGUAAACACGAUGGAGUUUUCAUUGUGCCUGUUACGGGAACAUACGCAUUUCACUGGUCAUUGAAAGUAACUGUCCGGUCAUGGGCAAGUGUCGAAAUAAUUGUAAAUGGGAAUGCUAUUGGAUGUGCAUCUUCUGAAACACAAAGAGUUGAUCAUUGGGGGACAGGGAGUGAAUUAGUCAUCACUCACGCAAACUUUGGUGACCACGUAUUCGUGCGAACGCAGGAGCCUGUAAUAGGAUCUAUUAUUAGUAACAAUCGUGCGAGGUCAUCAUUUUCCGGAUGGUUAAUGCAUACAUAA